GCUGGAGGCGGGGAGUGAUGGCGUCUCUCCCCCUCCCCCUCAAGGCUCCAAAGGCCCAGAUCUGCUGCUGCUGGAUGCAGGCGUCGCUACGCACCUCCCUGCUGCUGCUACUGCUGCUGCUGGCGGGCACCUCGCUCGCCCUGCAGUGCCCCCCGCGCUGCGACUGCCCCCCGACCUCGGGGGGCUCCGUGCUGUGCGCGCGCCGCCGCCUCCUCGCCGUGCCCGGGUCCGCGCCGGGGUCGGCGCGCUCCCUGGACCUGUCGCGCAACCACGUGGCGCGCCUGGGCGCCGGGGACCUCGCGGCCUGGGCGGCCCUGGAGGAGCUAGACCUGAGCGAGAACGCGCUGGGCGCGCUGGAGCCGGGCUCCUUCGCGGGGCUGGGCGCCCUGCGCUCCCUGUCGCUGCGCUGUAACCGCAUCGCGGUGCUCCUGAGCGGAGCCUUCGCGGCUCUCGGCGCCCUGCGGCGGCUGGACCUGAGCGGCAACCGCAUGCGCGCCGUGCCGCGCGGCGCCUUCUCGGGUCUGGGCGCCCUGGGCAGCCUCGAUUUGUCCGAGAACUCGCUGCUGUGGGUGUCACAGGGCGCCUUCGAGGGCCUGGGCGCCCUGCGCUCGCUGUCGCUGCGCCGCGCGGGGCUGCGCGCCCUGCCGAGCGGCGCCCUCGCCCGGCUGCCCGCGCUGUCCGAGCUGGACGCGUCGGGCAACUCCCUGCGCGCGCUGGGACCUCGCUGCCUGCGGGGGGUCCCGCGCCUGCGCGUGCUGCGGCUGUCGGGCGCGGGGCUACGGCGCGUGGAGCCGGGCGCCCUGCGCGGCCUCCCUGCGCUCCGCGACCUCGACCUCUCGGAGAACGCCCUGGACUCCCUGCCCGAGCGCGCCGGCGCCCCGCUCGCCCUGCGUGCCCUGCGCCUCGACGGCAACCCCAUCGCGUGCGACUGCCGCCUCCUCUGGCUGCGCACCCGGCCGAGUCCCGAGGCGCUGCUGGGGGGCGGCGAGGGCCCCCCCUGCGCGGCGCCCCCCGAGGCGCGGGGCGCGCGGCUGCUGAGCGCCCCGCUGCGGUGCAGGGCGCCGCGCGUGAGGCUGCGCGCGGGGCCCGUGGCGGUGCGCGCGGGGGGCGCCGUGCGCAUCCCGUGCAGCGCGAGAGGGGACCCGCCCCCCAGCCUCGCGUGGAGGGACCCCCGGGGCCGCUGGUACGAGCACGAGGGGGAUGAGGACGAUGAGGGGGGUGAACGGCAGGGGGAGCAGGGGGAGAAGGGGGAGGCAGGAGAGCAGGGCGAGAAUGGCGGGGAGGAGGAGGAGGAUAAGGAGGAGGAGGAUGAGAAGAAGGAGGAAGAGGAUGGGGAAGAGGGGACGAGAGACGCCGCGGGCCGCCACCUCCGCGCGGUGCCCCUCGUCGUGUCGGGGCCCGGGGGGGUCCCGCCGCCGUCCCUCUCCGACCCCUCCGACUCCUCGGACCUUUGGGACCCAGCGGACCCCUGGGACGCCGUCGAUCCCGCAGACUCCGAGAGCUUCAACGCGACGGGGACGCGCGGGGAGGCGCGCGAGCCCGCCGGGACCCCGCUGACCCCGCUGACCCCCUUGCUGCUGGUGUCCGCGGGGCUGGGGGGCCUCACCUUCCUCGGCGUUGUGAUUCUCUGCCUCCUGGUCCUCGCCGCGGGAACGCGGAGUUGGGGCCACAAGAGGAGGAGGAGGACGAGGCAGCGAACGGAGCUCGAGUACGGGGGGACCCGCAGAUCGAGGGGGGGUCCCAGGAGCCCCAGCCGGGCCCCCCCUCGUCACUUCGUCAUGAGGAUGAUGUGA